AUGGCGGUUCUGUUGGCGCAGGGACCGCGGCUGGCUCCGUGGCGCGCGCCGGGGUCAGAGCACAGGCCACGAGAGAGGUCGCUGGCGGCGCGGGCCACGAAUCGUGCGGAGACAUUGCGACGCCUUUUGGCCGAGCCGGGCCUCCUGGUGGGGCCGUGCUGCCACGACGCCCUCAGCGCGAGGCUGAUCGAGCGCGCGGCCUUCCCUCUCGCCUUCCUGAGCGGCUUCACGACGUCCGCCGCGCGCCUGGCCGCCCCCGACGCCGGCAUGAUCACCCUGACGGAGAUGCUGGACGCCGGGCUGUGCGUGCACGAGGCCACGCGGUCGCUGCCGGUGAUCGGCGACGGCGAUGACGGGCACGGCAACGCGGUAAACGUGCGGCGGACCGUGGGGUCAUUCGCGCGCGCCGGGUUCGCGGGCGUGAUCAUCGAGGACCAGGUGGCGCCAAAGUCAUGCGGGCAUGUCCGGCGCAAGCAGGUCCUUCCACGAGGUGAGGCAGUCAUGAAGAUCCGUGCUGCAGUUGACGAACGCGAAGCUUCUGGCUCUGGGAUUUGUAUUGUGGCAAGAACAGAUGCCCGUAGGGCGGAGUCACUGGAGGAAGCACUGUGGCGUGUGGCUGCAUUUGUGGAUGCUGGGGCAGAUGUGCUGUUCAUCGAUGCGCUGGACUCUGUGGACGAAAUGCGCAGAUUUUCCCUGGUCAAUCCAGGAGUUCCCAAGAUGGCAAACAUGCUUGAGGGUGGUCGAACUCCACUCCUAACCCUGGAUGAGCUUGCAGACCUGGAUUACAAGAUCGUCGCAUAUCCAUUAUCCUUGCUUGGAGUCUCGAUACGAGCCAUGGAAACAGCUCUCGUAGGCUUGAAGCAGGGAAAAAUCCAACCACCAGCAAAGCUUCCCAGCUUUGAGGCCAUCCAGGAGGUGGUUGGGUUCCCAGAGUACUUCGAUAUGUGUGACAGAUAUGCCACAGAUAAUGCUGGGAGUGACACUGAGGCUGAUGGUGGAAGUGCUUGGUCGUCGAAGUCAUCAUCGGUACCAGGUAGCAGGGAUCCACGAAACCUGCAAGUGGAAGUGUCUCAGGACUUGGACGACAUCGACACCCCCCAAAGUCGCAAUGGCGUCUCAAGUCCAGGCGUUGUAGAGGCUGAUGCCAUCAUCAGCCCUGAUCAAGUAGGCCCUGGAGGUCCCCAACGUCAGGAUGCGCCUGCUGAAACGACCACGAGCCAACAGGGUGCCCAGGGCUCAGAACUAGAGGUCGAGGUGUUGCAGGAGGCUGAUGAAAUGAAACUGAUGAAGCCGAAGUCCAUCAGGGUGUGCAUCAGGAAGCGAGAAACGGGAGAGGUCGAAUUUGAGACGAAAAUACCUCCCAGCCUCAUCGCUGGGGUUUCGUCCAUUGUGCCCACUGUUGCAGAUUUGGAAGCAAUGCUGACAGCGGCUCUGGGGAGAAAAUGGAGCCCCAAGGAACCAGUGAUUAGCAUCCCAAGCAACGGCAGCCAAAUUGAAGUUUGGUUUGAGUGA